GUCGCCUGGCAACGGGUGUUUUCGUCAGCGGUGCCCUCUGUGAGUUCAGGAACGGGCUCGGCCAAUGGGCAUCGAGGAGCGGGCGGUGGUGGUCGGUAAAGAGGCGCGGCAGGGCGGGGGGCAGGGUCAGCUGCUGCAGGUCAGACUCGUGUUGUCGGCCAUAGCGGCAGCCAUGGCUCUGCUGAGCUUGACGCAGCUGCUGGACGCCGCCAUCGGGACGCCCGAUGUCGCGGCCGUGAACUUCCGAGAGCUGCGCAACCUGCUGCAGGCCAUGCUGGCGCACCUGGGCCUGCAGGACCGCUCCAGCCGGGGCUCGCAGCAGCCUGCCGAGCGGGACAGGGCAAGGACCCCGGCCGCGGGGCAGCAGCCGGGUGAGCAGCUGCCUGCGAAGGACCCGCUGCAGGACACCACCUGCGGCUCCGAAACUGCUGUGGCUGCCGACGUGGGGCAGCUGGUGGAGAGGGUGGAAACCGACGAGAGCAGCAGCUCUGAGGACACGUCUGCCUACCAGGAUCUCUCUGAGGAGAUCAGCCAGGUGAAGGAGGCGCAGUCCCGCAUGCAAGGAGAAAUCCGCAUGAUCCAGGAGGCGCUUGGCUUGCAAAUGCUGAAGAAAAGGCUGGGCCUGUACCCGAACCCAGAGGAGGUCAACAGCAUGGUGCACUGGGACGUGCUGGAGGAUUGCCUGGUGGGCAGCAAAAGAGAACGAGGUAGAGAUGGAGGAAGACCCAGAGGAAAACAAGGAAACCAGUCUGCCACCACCAGGUCUCCCACUUCAGAUGUGGAUACCCCAGAAGGGGCAAGCUCAGUGCUGGGAUCUAGAGAGAGCUCAGUGGGGCUGAAGGAUCCAGGGACAGCUGUAACGGCCCCUAAGCAGCUGGCAGGAGUUCCCUCACAUCAGAGGAGGGAUGCUAGCACCAGUGUGAUGACGCAGACAGCGUCUCAGGACAUGCAGACCACCGGCCUGGGGACACAGCCAGCACAGCCGGAGUCCACGGGCACGCAGACCAGCAGCCUGGGGACACAGCCAGCACAGCCAGAGUCCACGGGCACGCAGACCAGCAGCCUGGGGACACAGCCAGCACAGCCGGAGUCCACGGGCACGCAGACCAGCAGCCUGGGGACACAGCCAGCACAGCCGGAGUCCACGGGCACACAGACCAGCAGCCUGGGGACACAGCCAACACAGCCAGAGUCCACGGGCACGCAGAUCACCAGCCCUGGGACACAGCUGGAGUCCACCGUCCCUCAGACCACCAUCUCAGGGGAGCGGCUCAACACACAGCUUCACCAGGCUGGCCCCCUGGCAGCAGGGACUCUCUUGCCGACAGCCCAGGGAUUUGAGAUCCCACUCGAUGCUGAUCCCAGGGCCACGUCCCACGUGCAAGAGCUGGCCUUGCCCUCGGGCUCCAGCAGUGCCUACCACAAUGCCUGUAAGUGCUACGUGGAGACGGUGGAGGCUCUCAAGCAGAUUGGGCAGCUGAGACACCUCUACGCUGCCCUGAAGGAGCAGGUGGCCCAGAUAGAAGCCACCAGGUUGGAGCAGACUGAACUGGAGAAGCUGCGCCUGCUCCUCCAGAAGGGAGGCCAGGAGAGCGUUGCCGAUGUGCUGGGUGACCUCCAGGCCCAGGUGUCAUCCCUGCAGGGCCUGGCCAGUGACCUGCAGGGCUUGUCCAGGGAGCUGCAGGGAGAGAAGGGGAAGAUCAGGAAGCUGGAGAGUGCCCUUGGUAAACUGGAGGCGGCCAGAGCCAGCUGGCAAAUGGAUCUCGGCGACCAACUCAGCCUGCCAUUGGGGUCCACACUGCAGGAGGUAAAGCAGGACAUGAAGGACCUGGCAGAGCAUCAGCAAAUAAGCAAGGCUGCACUGGAUCAGUUGGUGACCCAGAUGGGCGAGGAGGGGCAGGAGCAGCUGGAAGAGGUGAGAGCGAUGGCGAGCACGGGGCAGGAGGAAGCAGUAUGCCCCACGUGCAGCAGCGACACCAGCAUGCGUUUGGCGAAGCUUCUGUGGUGCUAUGAGAAGCUGCAGGGUCUGGUGGACUCCCUCAUGUCGAGGAAGAAGACGGGCAAGGUGAUGUGGCAGCUGCCAGGGAAGAGCCAGGACCAGGAGGUCCUGAAGCACAUCCAGGCUGCCAUCCUGCAGAUGCAAGGGGAGUAUGAAAAGCUCAACUCUGUCAUGGGGAGCCUUCUGGAUGACAGUCGCCAGCAGCAGAAAGGUAUUGAGGGUCUGUUGCAGUCCAUGGAGAGGCUGGAGAAGGAGAAGGCAGACAAGGACGACCUGGAGCUGGGAAUGGAUGAGAAAGCAGACAAAGACGCCUUGGAAAGCAAAGUCAGCCGCACCCAAUUUGAGGCGAGCCUGGAGCUGCUGAACAAGAGAAACCAGGAGGUGCUGAGCCGGGUGACAGGCCAGGAGCAGGGGCUGCACGAGGUCCAGCAGCAGCUGCGGGAGGAGAUGGCCUCCAAGCUGGAUCGCCUGGAGCUGGGGCCAUUCCAGCAACAGCUGGAUGAAUGCUGGAAGGGCAGCCUCGAGCAGCUCAAGGAAAUGGCACCACCAAUGGAAGCUGAUGAUGCAGCUGGGAUUAGGAAGUCCUCGUCUACUGCUAUCCUCAGUGCUUUAAAUUCUUGGCUUUGUUGUAUCAAUGAGGUUACUCCUGUGCCUACUCCCAUGCCCCCCAAGAUCAUUAAAGUGGCUAUUGUUAAUGCCGCGAAU